GGGGCGGGGGGGGGGCGAUCAGCUGAGCAACAUGGCGUCGCGGGCGAGCGGAGGCGUCGGCCGAUUCGCGAGGGUUUUGGUGUCCUCGCGCUCGCACAGGCUCUGCAAGGUUCAAGUUUGCUUGCUGUCAACAAGUAUUCGCCGUGAUGCCAAGUUUUAUGACAGCGCGCUGGAGGCUGUCGAUGAUAUUCCCUCGGGGUCAAAGCUCCUUGUCGGAGGCUUCGGUCUCUGCGGCAUUCCGGAGAACCUGAUUGGAGGGCUGCUGGAGACCAAAGUCAAGGACUUGACAGUGGUGAGCAACAACGCAGGAGUGGACAACUUUGGCCUGGGGCUCCUGCUGGCACAGAAGCAGAUCAAGCGCAUGAUCUCCUCCUACGUGGGCGAAAAUGCCGAGUUCGAGCGGCAGUACCUGAGCGGGGAACUGGAGGUGGAGCUUACGCCGCAGGGCACGUUGGCCGAGCGAUGUCGUGCAGGGGGGGCUGGCAUCCCUGCCUUCUUCACUCCCACGGGUUUUGGCACACUCGUCCACGAGGGAGGGUCUCCCAUCAAAUAUGGGGAAGGUGGUGCUAUUCAGAUCCAGAGUGCCCCAAGGGAGAGCCGGAUAUUCAAUGGACGGAACUACAUCAUGGAGGAGGCCAUUACUGGGGACUUUGCACUCAUCAAGGCGUGGAAGGCCGACCGGGCGGGCAACCUUCUCUUUAGGAAGACAACACGCAACUUCAACCUGCCGAUGUGCAAGGCUGCCAAGACCACCAUAGUUGAAGUGGAGGAGGUCGUCGACAUUGGGGAAAUCCCAGAGGACAGCGUACAUGUCCCUGCCAUCUAUGUGGACCGCAUCAUUACAGGGGAGAAGUAUGAGAAGAGAAUUGAGCGCCUGACCCUGCGCAAGGAGAAGAAGAAGAGUGCCGCAUCCUCCAACCCGGCCGUGGCCAUGAGGGAGCGCAUUGUGCGACGCGCAGCCCUCGAGUUCAAAGACGGCAUGUACGCCAACCUGGGGAUUGGGAUGCCCAUGCUUGCCAGCAAUUACAUCCCUGAUGGCACGAAUGUGCAGCUGCAGAGUGAGAACGGGGUGCUGGGCUUGGGUCCCUUCCCUGCCCCAGGUGAGCAAGAUCCCGACCUCAUCAACGCUGGCAAAGAGACCGUGACUGUCACGCCUGGGGCCUCCUACUUCGGCUCUGACGAGAGCUUUGCCAUGAUCCGAGGUGGCCACGUGGACCUGACAAUCCUUGGGGCCAUGGAAGUCUCUCAGUACGGUGACCUUGCCAACUGGAUGAUUCCGGGCAAGAUGGUGAAAGGCAUGGGUGGUGCAAUGGACCUGGUGUCAUCACCUGGCACGAAGGUGGUGGUGACAAUGGAGCACUCAGCCAAGAAGGGUGGACAUAAGAUCGUGGAAGCCUGCUCGCUCCCCCUCACAGGCAAGAACUGUGUCGAUAUGAUAAUCACAGAGAAGUGCGUAUUCAGUGUAGACAAGGAGAAUGGCCUGACUCUGGUUGAAAUCGCCGAUGGCGUUACCAUCGAGGACGUCGUAUCCAGCACAGGAUGCUUAUUUGAAGUGGCAGAAAACCUCAAGCCAAUGGGACAGAUUGAGGUUGCAGAUGAAUAAAAGGCUGAAAUUUGCUUAGACUUAGUCAUCAAGUCAAAAGAAAUAUAGAUAUUCAGAUUAGUAGAGUGUGUCAUUGUGCACAUGGUUUGCUGGCACUUUUGAUUUAACUUUUGAUCUGAACCUUUGAUUAACUAAUGGGGCAUAUUUGAGCCCGAGGCAUUAAUUAUAAAUGGAUUCACGUAUCCUUUUGCUACUAUAGUUCUUCCACACCCAUACUAACAGCACGAUAAUUUUGCAUAAAGAAAGAAGUGCAGAUAAUAAAUUAUGAUAAUAAAUAAAGUUUUUACUCUAUUCAAGCCAAGGAUUCCUUCUUUCUUGGAUCAUUGCCUUAGUCAUUGUAGUGGCAUUCAGUUUUACUCUUGUGUGACAGUGUGUUAAAAGCAAGUUUUUCUUGAGCUUACAUCAUGUGUUCAGCUUCAGUUGAUUGUCUGCACAACAUACAAAAGAAAAGGAAAAAAUAAAACAAAAAGCUUUAUCAUGAAAUUAAAGGCUUUUUUUCUCAGUUUACCAACAAGCCAAUGGCUCAGUGAUGAAGGCCAUUGCAAAGCCCUGGUCCAAAGCCAAGCCACUUGCCUGACGGGUUUCUUGGACAAACUCGGACAUUUUGUUAGGACUGCUGGAGAUGCACAUGUAAGUUUCUCUUGUCGGCCUCGUAUGAUUUGCCAGGACAGUGUCAUUUAAGCAUAGUAUGUCGGUUUAUCUAAAAGCCUUGUACAAGAUCAUGUAAGCAAAGAAAUCAUCUUUCAAACUGAGAUGUGCUCUAGUUGAGUAUUUAAUGUCUUUCUAUGGUUAGGCUGGAAGGCCAGGCUUGGAAAGAUUUUGGAUAAAUAGCAUUAAUGUUGGUGAUGGUGUUGUUUUUAAGUUUAGCUUGUAUUAUUCAAGAGGCUUUAAAAUCAGUGGAGGUGAAUGUUGGAGUUGUUAAGGAUUAUAAACAGUGGGAAAGAUGAUGAAUUAAAAAGUGAAGGGACUGUUCCAGAUACAUGAAGAGUGUACUGCAGGCUAUCUUGUGUUAAGGAAAAGAACCAGAUAAUAUGGAGGUACCAAAGUUUGCUAAAUCAUGUCAGAGCUGUAUCUUUUCCUCACUGUGGCAGAACUUCUGCUGGGUAUAGUAGACUAAAAAGUUGGGUGUACUGUAGAGUUAGCCGCUUCUUGUGGUAAACAAGAGUGAAUAAUUCUUUGGCACUGAACCCCUGAUUGAGACUGUAGAUGGAGUAGGGUUGGUAUUGGUAGGUGGUCGGUAAUUUUUUUUUUUUUUUUUUUUUUUUUUUUUUUUUUUGUUAAAUGAAGCGUGUGGAUGCUGCCGGUCUUGAAUUCUGUGUAUAUUGUACAAGUUGGAAGCUGGAAUCAGAGAAUUAAAGAGUUAUGGAAAGGGUUAAUGCGUUUAAAAAUAAAAAGCUUCAUUUUAAAACUACAGUGAUGAUGUAAGAGUGGUUUGUGUUGCUUCUUGUGGAGCCGCAACAUCUUUCCCAGUGAUGAUACUUACUAUGCUAGUAUUCAGAUACACUUGUUUAAACAGUACAAUGAAGUUGAAAGGAGCCAGAUAAAGAAACCUCUUUUAUGACUUUAAUGAUAUUGUUAUUGCUCAGGUUUCCCUACAAUGCAUCAAGGUACUUAGAAGUGAUACAAGCUCUGACAAAUGUGGAAAUUUGAUCACUGUCACAAAAUAACUAAAGAUAUUUUGUGGUCAUCAAUCUGGUCUCUUCUUCCUUUAAGGUUGUAGAGCAAGUGGAUAGAAAUUCUUUGCAUUUUCCAAAAUCACAAAAGCCAAAUUAUGUCCAGCAAAAUCACAAAUUAACACAGAUUGAAGUUCUCAGCAGAGCACACUUGUCGUAGAGCAUUGACUAUUGAGUGUAUUGCAGUUCCAGUGUAAUCAAUUGAUGUAAAUUUGAAAUUCAUUAAUGUCGUGUACAACUUUUAGGGAGUAGUGUAGGAGAUAUUUUAAUACUGUAUAUAGAAAAAUUUGUAAUAAAAAAAUUACAAAAGGU